CUGUGUGCGCCCCACGGCGGGAGCUGCGGCGGGCGGUGAUCCGAACUCUCCCGUAUUCCGUUCCCGGGGAGCCCUGGGCACCGAGGGGGCUGCGGGCUGGGACUUUAGUGUGGACCGUGAUCUGUCGCGAUGAGUUUCCUGCUGCCCAAACUGACCUGUAAGAGGGAAGUGGAUCAGGCAAUUAAAAGCGUCGCUGAGAAGGUUUUGGUUCUCCGUUUUGGAAGAGAUAAUGAUGCUGUUUGUCUGCAGCUCGAUGAUAUUCUUGCAAAAACAGCUCAUGACCUAAGUAAAAUGGCAGUCAUUUACUUGGUGGAUGUGAACAACGUCCCAGUGUACACCCAGUACUUUGACAUCAGUUAUAUUCCAUCUACUGUAUUUUUCUUCAAUGGACAGCACAUGAAGGUUGAUUAUGGGUCUCCAGAUCACACCAAAUUUGUGGGAAGCUUCAAAACAAAGCAAGACUUUAUAGAUCUGAUUGAAGUGAUCUACCGUGGAGCAAUGCGGGGAAAGCUCAUUGUGAGAAGUCCUAUUGAUCCCAAUAACAUUCCUAAAUACGACCUUCUCUACCAAGGAAUUUAAUGGGUUAAUCUGAGAAAAUAAUUACACAAAUGGACAAUGUUGUAGAUCAUUUUUUCCUUUGAGCAUUUUUUGCUUCCUCUGACACUGUGGGACAGUUUGAGCAUUUAUCCUGAAGGAUCAUAUUGGUCUCCUUCUGAAGACAGAUAUUCUGUCACCUCAUGCUUCUCUCAUAAAUAAAGCUAUGUGUUCAUGCACAGAGUUCUUUGAGUUGUGUGCUGACCAGCCCUUAGAAAACAGGCAGGCUGUGUGCAUCCUCACCUGUGGCAUCUCCAGUGCAACCUUCUUCAGGGAACUGAGGCACGCUGGUAGUUGCCUGUUUAGUACCAUUUUCAUUCAGAUGUAAUAACAGCAAAAGUGACAUUAAUAAAAAAAGCUGUGCUUGCUCUCAAGAACGUUCAAUUGAAUGUGCCUUUCCUAUGAAGAAUGUUACAUUUUACCCAUUGCUGCAUAACAGGACAGAAGUUUCUUCUGAGAGAUGAUGACUGAAAUCUGAAAUGGAAAUAAACACAAAGGCAAGUUGAUGCUCUCUUCUCUCUGAUACCCAUUAUUACUGUUCAGCAGCUUUUUUGACUGAGAUUGGAAUGUUCUACACUUGUAGGAGAAGGUUUUGUCAUCUUUCAAAGGACCCUUUUUUGUGGCCAUUGAACACUUUUGAUUCCCAUGGGUUUGAACUGGAAAUUAAGAAUAAUUCUUUUGUUUAUAUUCACUUUAAAGAUUAUUGGAACUUCUGCUUGUACACAUUGCAAGCCUUGAGUAUGUAAAUUUAAAAACUGUAUUUCCUACCUCUGUCUAAAGUUAAACAGCUGAGAGGAAGGAGCAGUGUCAUUCCUUUGCAUCAGUUUGGUCACUGCAGGUUGCCUGACUAGUGUAUCUCUAUAGCAGCUCAUGGCCAGAGUUGGCUUUAAAAUGGAAAUAAUUCUCACUGGCUGAGUUGGCUUUAAAAUGGAAAUGAUUUUACCUCCAUGUGUCAUGUUUGGGGCACACCAGCUCCAACUGGAGGGAAGGCAGUAGUGUGUGCUUCCCUGAAGCAUUGUUCAGCUUAACAGUAAAUGUUUCAAGGAGGAAGGUGGAUGUUCCAGCUCUUGAAAGAUUUUAAACAAUAUGUGGUACAUAGAAGGAAACAGAUUGUUUAUAGAUUCUUUUGCUAUUCCAGAUUUGGCCUUCUAAUGAAGCUAAGCACUUAAGCAAAUGUUUUCCUGAUAGUUUAGUCUGAUUAUAGAGCCAAAACUACAGAAUAUUUAUUAUAGAAAAUGAUAGAUGAGAGUUGGUAUACCUUAACAUCUUUAAUUCAAUUUUAAAUUUCACAGCUAGCCAAAGGGUUGUGGCUUAAGGCUUUCAACAAUGCAUAUCUUUCCUAAUAGUUAACUUUUGUGUUUUUCUUCUCUGACAGAACUCAGUACAUCCCUCCGGGUGUCCAGAGUUGCUGAGGAUCCCACUGGGGGGCUUGGAGACCUUGGCAUGCUGCCCAGAACACCUGGGGAUUUGAUUUUGACCCUUGGAGCAAGUUGCCAACUUUGUAUGAGGAUGUGAAAGUCAAAGAGGUUUGAACAGUGUAAUAACAAAAUGAUCACAGGGCGAAAAUGCAGAUUUUAGGAUUUUUGGUAGGGGGGUUAUGGGGACAAGAUGGAGGAAUCAGGGCGUGUCUAGCCUUCCUUCUUCUUCUUGUUCUCCAUUUUCUGCUGGGAUGUUGGCACUUUGGGAUUGGUUUAGAGUAGAAGUGCACUGUCCAACAUAGGUGAUAGGUAUUGGGAAUUAAGUGAAAAUAGGAAAUACGUAGUUUGUAGUAUAAAAGGACAGCACCGCCUUGGGGGCGGUCAGAGUGCUCGUGGCUGCCCUGCAGAGCGGAUCUCCGCUGGGCAGAAAGAAAAUUUUAUAGAUAAGAAUUAAUAAACAACCUCAAGACCGAAAAGUGAAGAGUCCAGAGUCAUUCUUCAGUUGUGCAGAGACAUCCUACGCAUCUUGGGGCAGCAAUUACCAACAGCAACCCAAGAUUUGGCAUCCCUGGCUGGGCACGUUCCAAGGGGGCACUGAUAAACCUCUUGGGAAGCAGCCAGAACAGCCUGGGAAGCAGCAGCCACUCUCAAGGCCAUCCAGAGAGCUGCUGCCGAAGGGACUCGUAGCAGAACAGUCCGGAGCGGAGCCAGAAGGUGCCCUGGAUCCUCUCUCCUGUGAACUGCUGGCGUUUCCAGCUGGACCUUCAGACUGACCUGACGACUCGGAUUUGGUAAGAAGGUCAAAAUUAAGAACAUGGGGGGACAUGCUCCCAGGAACAGUUAAGGAUUUUGUCAGCCUUACAAGGCAUGGCAGAGGCACACCCGAUGGAAAUUUCAAAGAAAGAACUUAGAGAUCUUUUGCUAUGGGUAUGCUGUAAUUAUCUGUACCAACUGCACGGGUGAUGCUGGAAGCAACCUCAGCAAGAUGUGGGCAGGUUGCCAAACAGCAGGUUGCUGAAACUCCCACAGGGGCAGAGGGCGGGGAGCAGAGGCAGAAGCGGGGGGCGGCUCUUGUUCCAAUUGUCCCAGGGAAACUGAAAUAGCUCCCACAGAAGGGGAGCAGGAGGGAACUUCUUCACCUCCGAUUCCCUCAUCACCCCGAAAGCCCACGGGACCUCCAAAACGCUCAGAAUCCCCAGAUACUUCAGGGUUUUCGGGCUCAGACUCAGAC